AUGCCUAAACGGUGUGCAUUGGGAUGUUCAAACAAGACUUCCUAUCAUCAAUUUCCACAUCCAGAAAAGAAUCCUGACCGUUUCAAGGCUUGGGUUCAUAUAGCUUUUGGGAAGGAUAGAAACCGUAAUAACCGGUUGAAUUUUCUAGCUGUGCCAUCACUUCAUCUUCCUGGCAAGUCUGAUGAAGUUGUUACUUCAGAGAAAGUUUUACUUGUACCUGAACCUGUGAAUGAAGAAAGCAGCCUUGCUGCAUUAAAACCGACACUAACAGGCAAGUCUAACGAUGAUGGUACUUCAGAUAAAGUUUUACUAACACCUGAACCUGUGAAUAAAGAAAACAGCCUUGCUACAUUAAAAUCAACACUAACAGGCAAAUCUGAUGAAGUUGGUACUUCAGAGAAAGUUUUACUUGUACCUGAACCUGUGAAUGAAGAAAGCAGCCUUGCUACAUUAAAACUGACAACGACAGAUAACUCUGCCAGAAUCAAUUCAGAACACAAUUAUUGCCGACUGCAGAAGAAGGCGAUACAUAAAAACAAUAGUAAGUUUUUUUAG